AUGAGAAUCAUCACCCCCCACCGGUUAGACGGACACAAAGACCUCGCCCAACUCGGCGACGCAGUCCUACGUCUAAUCCUUGUCAAAGAUGGCUACCAGGCCCAUGCAACAAGAGGACAAAUCAACGACACCCACAGUGGCAAAGCCAGCAAUGCCUUCCUAGCAAGAAUAGGCUUUCAAAAGGGCUUCGACCGCUACCUCUACGUCAACCCCUCGCAGGGCGGUACCGUCUCCGACAAAGUCAUGGCCACAACUGUUGAAGCCAUCUUGGGCGCCGUCUACAUCGACAGCGGCGAGAACAUUCAAGCCGUACGAUCCGUGGUGGCGGAGUUGGGUCUCGCUUGGCCUGCAUAG